UUUCGAUGAGUAUGUCACAGCACUUUCAUCAUGAGCAGCGACCGCGAGCAGACACUGCAGACACUCUGUCGACUGGACAAGUCCAUCGCAGAGUUAGAGAGGGUCCGAGACAGAAUCUUGACCAAGAAGGAUGCAUACCCAGACAACAGCGACAAAGCUCUGCGGCAAACCAAGCAGCUCAACGUCGUAGUGUCCGACCUCCGCGCGCUUCAAGCCGAGAAGGCCGCGGCAUUCAAAGCCGACGUCUUUGUCGACGAACAGGUACCGUAUAUGGCAGCCUUUCACGGCAAUCUGUCUGCUCUCCAGAUGUUUGUGUCGUCCAUGAGUCCAGUCACGAGUCACUACCUCGAGCACUCGGAUCGUAUUACCGGCAACACCCCGCUGAUGGCCGCAUGUGCGCGGGGACACGUCGACUGCGCCAAGAUCCUAGUGGCCGUCGGCGCCGACGUGGACGCGCGCAACCUCCGCGGCUCCACACCCCUCCAUUGCGCCUGCGAGAACGGCCAGGUCGAGGUCGUCGCGUUUCUUCUGGACGUGCCGUACCUGAGUCCGUACUCCGUCGACCGCCGCAACCAGUCGGCCCUUCAGGUGGCGCGGAAUGCAUGUCUGGACAACGACGCAUGGGCUCGCUUCAAGGAAUGCGCGAGGCUUCUGGAAGAGCGCUGCUGCAUCUUUCGCGGAUGGGUGUACGAAAGCUCCAGCCCCGUCGGUAUGUCCAAGCUCUUUGGGUCAUCUCCUUGGAAAUUGCGCUACGCCAUCGUACUGCGGACAGCGCCGUCGUCGUCGCAUGUCGAGAUCGGGCUUUUCAACGCCAAAGUGCACGCGCGGUGUCCCCCCGUGCCCACAUCCAUCUUGGUGUAUGCAUUGGGCGCCCCGUGCCACCGCAGCGCGGGCCGGCACCGACGCCAUUCCAAAGAGUUUUCGUUUACGUUUCCAGCCAAGCGGGAUGGUUUCGGGGUGGCGUCCGUGGAAUUUGCCGCCGCCAGCGCCGACGGGUUCACGGCAUGGAUGAACUUUUUCGACGUGUAUUCGACGUUGGCGACGCUUGACGACGCGUUGCUGGUUCGCGACGAGGAUGUCACUAAUUCGGACACUGGCGAUGUCACACAUGAAGAAGAACCUUCUAAGACAACCGCGGCGUGGGGGCCACCGCCGUCGCACCACCAUGCCCCACCGUCCCCGUCGGCGCCGAAAUUGGUCGACGAGUCGCUAGAGGCGUCGAGUCCGCCGGCCGAUGCGCCGUCCGCUCCGUCCGUCGCUCUGUCUCCGUCUGCCCAGGUGGCAUUCGAAGUCGGGCACGGCGGGUUUGCUGGGCUGGACGAAGGAGGCAAGAAGAACACGAGCAAAAAACUGACCAUCGACCCCCCUGACCACCCCCCAUCCCACCAUCUGCAAAACGUCGUCGCAGCCCCUCCCCCCCCCCCAACCACCACCACCACCUCCAAAGAAGAAGAAGAAAAAGAAGCGCGGCGGGUGUGCAUCUUGUGCUGCGACGGACCUCAGAACGCCGUGUGCGUGCCGUGUGGCCACAAUGCCAUAUGCAUGCAAUGCGCCGAGAACGUUCUUGGCUCCACGUGCCCCGUGUGCCGCCAGCACAUUCGCGAACUGGUCCGGAUUUACAAAGGGUAACAAUGUACGAGUCGUCAAAUAUCCAUAUACCACGUAGUGUGGUCGAAUCGAUGCGAUACUGGAGCCGUCGGCAGAAUCAAAUGGCUAUAAUAUUAACUCGUUA